CUUGGCAGUAGUAGGUAUACCAAUUACUUUAUGUGGAAAGCCAAGUUUCAUUUGUAACAAUGGAUAGGUUAGAAAAGUACUCGGCGUGCGAAGCAAAAACGUUGCGACACAUUUAUGAAUUUUUACAAUCCAACAACAUGGCGAAGACGUGCGCUUGUUUCCUCGACGAAUGCCAUAAGUUUAACAAGCCAAUACCGUCAAAAAUGCCCGAUUCGAACGUUCCUGUCCACAUAUCGAAAGACCGAGCAGCGUCCAUUAUAAAAGCGUUCAAAACGACCUCGGGACCGGAGUUUCUGAAGAUUUGGGACGAAUUGCCGGCCAAAGUAAAACAGCUGGACGAGUACAGGAAGCUCACGUUCUACCUGCACGUUUACUACACCAUUUUAGAAUGUAAAGCUGAAAAAUGCAGCUCAAAGGACGAUGAAAAGCAAGACAGUUCCAUGGACGCUUUCCGUUUGUUUUUGGUUCGGAGGGGAGCAGAAUUUAGCACAGAAACAGAAUUUUUACCUUAUUUCGCUUUGCCUUACGUCUGCGAUCCCACGCAACAUUCUUCGUUUAAAAAUCUGUUCAGGGAAAACCAAUGGUGCGAUUCGCUAAACACCAGAUUGGAGGAUUUUAUUCUUGACAUUGCGAUUAGCACGUCCAUUCUGUUGGUGCCCAGUAAAGAAGCGAAAAAAAGAAAAUUUGAAAAGAAAAACCUUAAGUCAUUAUACCAGGACUAUAAGCCGCUUAACAUUUUGGCCGGUGAGUUAAUAAAUGCUUUAGAAAAUUCAAUUCGAGGACAAACGAUUAAUUUGGAGAUGAUAUUAAAAAACUGUAACGCAGUGAUCGAAUGCAAUGAAGAAUAUCAAAGCACAGCAAUUGAUGAUGAAUGCAAUUUAGGCGUUUUUAAAAUCAAACUCGAACUAAGGGAUGGGAAUAGCACAAAGAACAAACUGCUAAUAUUGCAAGCUUUACGAUGGAGACUUACUAGAUCAGACAAUCGACCACAAACGGUGGCUAUGAUAAAGAAACACGACAUGUUAGAUUUAUGCAAGCCUAAGGCCGAACAAGGUCUAAUGAAAUGGUUAAUGAUGACGAACGGACCACACCCAUUGCAACAAAUGAUAGCCAGAUUACUCAAUGCUUUGGCAUCGUUCAGCAAAGGUCGCAAGUACUUGGCAAGUUCUCCGUUUUUGAUAAAGCUCAUUAUCUCGCAGCUCAUAUCGUCUCAACACUUUUGGGACACCAUCACGUGUAACAUGCUCUUGGGAACAAUACAAAAGCUGAGCACGUGUGCCCGUCAACGGAAACAAAUGAUCGAAAACGGUUUGGCAACUUGGUUGGCCGAUCAGUUGGUGAGAAAAAGCGAAUUCACAGGCGACAGGAACAAAUACGAAAUGUACGAUUUGGAAUACAGCUUAGGGCUUUUCAUGAAUCUCUGCAAAAGUCAAUUGGCCGUCUACGCGUGUAUUUCUCGGGCUCGAAAUCUACUUCAAAGCAUUGGCGUUUUUCUUACAUCUCUCGACGUCGAUAUCUUGCCGUGUGUGUCGAGGAUUUUUUACAGACUUUUAAAACAACAGGAAAUGAUAAGCGUGGCCGUCGAAUGCGGUUUAAUUGCUAUCGUCGAACAGACCAUAGAAAAAAAUAAAAACGUUUACCCGUUGGCCGUUGACCAUUUGUUGGGCGUAAGAGACGUUCUGCAGCAUAGUAAGCACCCGGGCUUGGAUCAAUCGUCAGACGACGAUGAAAACAAUAAUUCUGAUGAUGAAGAUUACGAAUAUCUUGAAGUAGAACUGGACGAAGACGACCCGCUAAAAAUUCAGCCGAACGGCGAGGAAUUCUUAGCUAGCUACAAAACCGCAGACAGUUUGGCCGCAUUGACCAUUGACUAACAUAUUAGCAGAUUACAAUAACAGUUAAUUGUUAUUUCUAUAGUUGAAUUUAUAAAAAUUUUCUAUUACAAUACAGUUAAAAAUAAUUUUAAGAAUCGUUGAUUACCAUAUAUUUUUACAAAAUUAUAUACUUACCAAAUAUCAUGUAUUUUUUCA